GCUCGUUUGUUCUGUAGCAAAAAGUACCACUUUUCAUUAUGACCGACGACGAGGUUUAAAAAUAUCGAGGGAAGAAUCCUGUGUUUAUUUCUUGAAAAUGUAAGGCUGUGUGGGUUGUUGCGAAGGAAGCUAGAGUAGGUCUAUACUAUACAUAGCGCCUUUUGGUGAGUAGAUUAUAUAGUGCAGGCAUAUAGGCUACUAUACAUGGACUUUUUAAAGUAAACACAGCGAGGAGACCCAUCAUAUCCCUCCUCUACCAACUCAAGGUAACGGGAAGCGGUGAAAUCCCAUAAUGCACGUGCUUAGGCGAGAGUUCCAAGUCCGCAAGAUCUUCUACACGUAUCUCAAUGAGAGGGUUUUCUACUGUUGCCAGUGGAGAUGGCCUCGUCCGGUCUUUGUCAUUAUUCGUGUGGCUCUCUGCCUUUACACGACGUAUGGCUUUAUUCAUUUAAUUGUCGACACGUACACAGCCACAGAGGACACCGCAAAAGUUGAAAACUACCUGAAUCAUACAAGUGGACCACAAGAAGAUAGCUUGAAUGACUUACCGAUGUUUGUCUACUUUACGGUGUGGUCGUACUUCCUGCUCAUGGUUCACAUGACGUUAGCGGCCAUUUUGGUCAUUGUGUUUUAUAAGCGGGCAGAGGCAGACGUCACAAAACUCAAACUACGACCAGUCAGCAUCUGUGAAAUUACAUCAAACAACCAAACCGAACUGGAAACUAAAAACCCCGCGAACAAAAACAGUUUUACCGCCCAAACUGAGGAGAUUAACAACAUUGUCGACAAAGUCUAUGUCCCGGUAGAUGGCAGCAAAGAAAACAACGACAGAACGCUUUCUUCAAGUGAAAGCCAACAGGAACCGACAACACAAGCUGACCCCAAACGUCGACUGUCCGCGUAUGAAUCUUUUCGGAGAUUCCACAAAGACAGCGUUUCUCUGCACACCAAAAUCUAUUUUAAGAUUUCCUGGUGCUUGUCUGAUGUGGUUAGCGUGUCCGCGCCAAUUGUCACCAUCAUCUUCUUCUGCGCCCUCUAUCCUCAGAUGAAAAGUACCACUUCCGGUUUAUUGGACAUUCAAAACACAAACGUCCACGCACUCAAUUUUGUAUUCGUAAUUAUAGAUCACAUGAUCAGUGCUCGACCAAUCAGAUUGCUCCAUUGUUUAUCCCCUUUAAUAUACGGUGCUAUUUACAUAGUAUUUUCAGUAAUCUACUGGUCAUUCGAUAAAAACAGGCAUAUUAUAUACCCUGGGGUUUUGGAUUGGAAUAAACCAGGGGUGGCUGUGCCUGUCGCCCUCGGGCUAGCUGUUGUGGCUAUACCUUUACUACAGUUGGCAUACUUUGGUAUGUACCGAGCCAAAUGUGUCAUCCACAAAAAACUAUACGAUUGUUCUUUUAACGGCGACUUGGAUUAAAGACAACACAUCCGUUUACACUGCUUAAACAAUGUUGAUUUAGUUUGUAAAGUUAUAUAUUUGUAGUUAUCUACACACGCAAGCUGCUCAAUGUUUUGAAGCUUAGACUACACACUUCAACAGAAGUCAGGAUGUAGGCUAUCAAUCAUUGCCUCACAGUGACCAGCGUUGUUGUCAGCUGACUUUUAAAAUGUCUUACUUACUUGAAACUUUGAAAACGGAACAAAAGAUAACUAUUUACCAACAUAUAUGUUUUGUAUUUUUAAAAAGCUCUUAAUGUCUACGGAGCUGAGAUGCUCAGCUUUCAAUCCUUCCAAUAUAUCGCAAUUUAAAUGACUAUUGGCAGAAAAGAAAUACGUUAAAUGUAUAUAUCAUAAAUAUAUCAUAUCAUAUUAUAUACAGUUUGGUAACGUCUUUGUUCCUGUGAAUGGUUUAGGGGUGGUCAUAAAUGACGUCAAACUCGGAGGGGGGAGGUCCGUAAUUUUGUGACGGUGUGUGAUGAGGGG